AUGUUCAUAAUUAACAUCCUAAUACUGAUUAUUCCUAUCCUAUUAGCAGUGGCAUUCCUCACAUUAGUAGAACGAAAAGUGUUAGGCUACAUACAAUUUCGAAAAGGCCCAAAUGUUGUAGGCCCAUACGGCCUACUCCAACCUAUUGCCGAUGCAAUUAAACUUUUCAUCAAAGAACCACUACGACCCGCCACAUCCUCAGCCUCAAUAUUUAUUCUAGCACCUAUCUUAGCCCUAGGCCUAGCCCUAACCAUAUGAAUUCCCCUACCCAUACCCUACCCCCUCAUCAACAUAAACCUAGGGAUCCUAUUUAUACUAGCCAUAUCAAGCUUAGCUGUGUAUUCUAUCCUCUGAUCAGGCUGGGCCUCCAACUCAAAAUACGCACUAAUUGGAGCCCUACGAGCAGUAGCACAAACAAUUUCAUACGAAGUAACACUAGCCAUUAUCCUACUGUCAGUGCUCCUAAUAAGCGGAUCCUUCACCCUCUCCACACUAAUCAUCACACAAGAACAAACAUGGCUAAUUUUCCCAGCAUGGCCACUAGCAAUAAUAUGAUUUAUCUCAACACUAGCAGAAACAAACCGAGCCCCAUUUGACCUCACCGAAGGAGAAUCAGAACUAGUCUCAGGCUUUAACGUAGAGUACGCAGCAGGCCCAUUCGCCCUAUUCUUCAUAGCAGAGUACGCAAACAUUAUCAUAAUAAACAUUUUCACAGCAAUCCUAUUCCUAGGAACAUCCCACAACCCAUACAUGCCAGAGCUCUAUACAAUCAACUUUACCAUUAAGUCCCUGUUACUCACAAUAUCCUUUCUAUGAAUCCGAGCAUCCUAUCCUCGAUUCCGCUACGACCAAUUAAUACACUUAUUAUGAAAAAAUUUUUUACCCUUAACACUAGCCAUAUGUAUAUGACACGUAUCACUACCCAUUCUCCUAUCAAGCAUUCCUCCACAAACAUA